GGCGCCGGAUCCGGCCCCGGCCCCACCUCGCUGCCGCCCGCUCGCCAGGCCGCCCAUCCUGCGUAUGCCCGACAAGGUGGAGAGCAGGGCUCGGCACGGCUACGCUCUCUUCACAGGUGAGGACGUCCGGGCCGCCAGGAGUUCUCAGAAAGCCUCAGCGACAACACCGGAAUACUGAAGCCCUGACCUUCCGCCUGCCCGAGAAGGCCCUCGCCACACUGCCUCUCACAGUGGAGGAGCCAUGGAAGUUUGAAAAUACAGAGCAAGCCUAGAACACAGUCAUUUGGCCUUCACAACAGCAAAAACCAAGACUUAAUUACAGUUCAACAGAUUGCAGGAAUGUGACCUUUUAAAAGUCAAUCUGAAAUUUCCUAUCAGCACCAGGGAGGUUCUUGACCCACCCUCCUUCCUGUAAAAAAAUUUCCAUUUCGGACAUCUUCACUGGGCAUCUCUUGACUCGCCAGAUGGGAAGCGCGAGUGCAUCUCUAUCCACGUGGGGCAGGCAGGCGUCCAGAUCGGCAAUGCCUGCUGGGAGCUGUACUGCCUUGAACACGGAAUUCAGCCCGAUGGCCAGAUGCCAAGUGACAAAACCAUCGGCGGAGGGGAUGACUCCUUCAACACGUUCUUCAGCGAGACUGGGGCUGGCAAGCACGUGCCAAGAGCGGUGUUUGUGGACCUGGAGCCCACCGUGGUCGAUGAAGUGCGCACGGGGACCUACAGGCAGCUCUUCCACCCAGAGCAGCUGAUCACGGGCAAGGAGGACGCAGCCAAUAACUACGCCCGAGGCCAUUACACCAUCGGCAAGGAGAUCGUGGACCUGGUCCUGGACCGGAUCCGCAAGCUGGCGGACCUGUGCACGGGGCUGCAGGGCUUCCUCAUCUUCCACAGCUUCGGGGGCGGCACCGGCUCUGGCUUUGCGUCCCUGCUCAUGGAGCGGCUCUCGGUGGAUUACGGCAAGAAGUCCAAGCUGGAAUUUGCCAUUUACCCAGCCCCGCAGGUGUCCACGGCCGUGGUGGAGCCCUACAACUCCAUCCUGACCACCCACACGACCCUGGAACACUCGGACUGUGCCUUCAUGGUGGACAACGAGGCCAUCUACGACAUAUGCCGGCGCAACCUGGAUAUCGAGCGGCCCACGUACACCAACCUCAACCGUCUGGUUGGGCAGAUCGUGUCCUCCAUCACGGCCUCCCUGCGAUUUGACGGGGCCUUGAACGUGGACCUGACGGAAUUCCAGACCAACCUGGUCCCGUACCCCCGCAUUCACUUCCCCCUGGCCACCUACGCACCAGUCAUCUCAGCUGAGAAGGCCUACCACGAGCAGCUGUCCGUGGCCGAGAUCACCAAUGCCUGCUUUGAGCCGGCCAACCAGAUGGUCAAGUGUGACCCUCGCCACGGCAAGUACAUGGCCUGCUGCAUGUUGUACAGGGGGGACGUGGUCCCGAAAGACGUCAACGCGGCCAUCGCCACCAUCAAGACCAAGCGCACCAUCCAGUUUGUGGAUUGGUGCCCGACUGGGUUUAAGGUGGGCAUCAACUACCAGCCCCCCACCGUCGUCCCUGGCGGGGACCUGGCCAAGGUGCAGCGGGCCGUGUGCAUGCUGAGCAACACCACGGCCAUCGCUGAGGCCUGGGCCCGCCUGGACCACAAGUUCGACCUCAUGUACGCAAAGCGAGCCUUUGUGCACUGGUACGUGGGGGAAGGCAUGGAGGAAGGCGAGUUCUCCGAGGCCCGGGAGGACCUGGCCGCCCUGGAGAAGGAUUACGAGGAGGUGGGCCUGGAUUCCAUGGAAGUAGAGGCUGAAGAGGGGGAGGAGUACUGAAUGGGCGCAGCUGGCCAGUAUCCCGUUCCUGCUGCCCAGCCACCCCUCAGCACUGUUGGCUUCACGCUAUUCACAAGUAAAGCUGUGCAGUGCACCUGUCUGUCGUGGUCCUUGGGGGCGGGAGGGGGGCUGCUGCUAAUGUGACGUGCCCCUUGGGGGAAUGGUUUUUCCACAUUGAAGUUUCAAGCAUCCAUGUACUAAAAUCCAGGAAUGCUGUUAGGUUUUUCAUUUGAAUUUGCCAUCUUUCAGGCUUCUGCGUUGACGGGACGUGCUGACUUAGGUAUAAAGUCUUGUAACGAGUUUGAAAAUCUGAGGCUCGUGGGGUGGGAUCUCCAGGGCUGUGGUCAGGUGUGUCAGCUCAGGACACUGGGGAGGGAAAGCAGUUCUAAGGGAUGCGCCAUGGCAUCCGGGACCCACGGAGGCUGAGGAGCCCCAGGCCACGCAGCCCAUCCUACACCUCACUGUUUCCACCCCUGCUUAAAUCCUGCAGCCACUGCGCCUGGGCACCCUGGGCCCUAUGU